CUCAGCUCUGCUCGGCUGGGGCCGCAGCUCCUGCGGGGGUGGGCGACCGCGUUGACAGCGGCGGGGGUGGCGGCAGCUGCGGCGCGAGGCUGAGCGAGCGGCGUGCGAGCCGGGGGAAGAGGAGGAAGUGGAGCUGCGGUGCGGAGCUCCAGAGUCGGCUGCCGCACGGAGGUCCCCCCGAUUUUUCAGAGCGAGCCGAGUCUGGACCUGGGAAGACUUCCCCGCCCGGCGCUGGCGGCCGCUGCUCCUCGCAGGCGUCCUGACCUACCCCGCCUGCCCCGGCCCUGGAUUCCGCGCUGGGACGCUCUCAGCCCUGCAGUCCGGCGUGUCGUGGCCGGGCCCCCCGUAGCCCCCGACCCUGAUCCAGUGCACCUGGGCGAGACGCUCCUGGCCCACCCUACGGGUCCAUGGCUGCGGGCUUCUUCACAGCCUUUCUAUAGUGUGUGUCGGAGUCCCCAGCUCUCCGCCCGGGCUUAACGCAGGGUGUCCCCAAGCCCCCGACUGAGUGCAAAGGAGCCCGGACGCCCCCAGCCUCUGUCUCCCCUAGACCAGGACUUUUAGCUGCUUCCGACCCGGUGCUGCUUCGGACUUGGGACGUUGUGAGCUACCGGGAAGCCCCGGCCCGGGUUCAGCGCCCCGUGAGGGGUCCCAGGCGGGCUGGACAGUCGGACGGAGCCGGACCCGGCUGGUGCUGAGAGUCGAAGCUACUACCACUUGCCUUCCUAGGCGAAGGGCUUGGCGCUUGCCCCGAAGAGGACCCAGGGGCCCCUCUGCCCCGGCGGCCGGCGGGAGCCGAGAGCUGCAGGGACAGAUCCCUUUGGGGAUUUAAAGGACCGCGGAUUAUUGGACCCACAUAACCAAACUCACCUCAACCCCCAUCUACGAGGCCAGCUCAGCAUCUGAAAUGCCAGGCCAUAAUAGUCUUGUAGUGCAGCCCUGUGGGCCUACAGAUGAAGGCACCGAGGUGCCGAGAAGGAAGGGUACUGAUCUACCUACGACUGCCCAGCAGAGAAGAGGCCCCCUGGCCAGGUUUCACAAUGAAGAGGGAGGGUGCCGUAUUUGAGUUCAGCUCUCCCAGUGACGUGACAUCACCAACUCCGUGGACAGGACACCCCAGGGGCCCAGCUCACAGCCACUGGUACCUUCUUCCAGGACAAGCCUGGGGCCUCCAUGGGCUCCUGAGGGCCGGGCGCCAGGGCCUCGGGCACGAGCAUGGUGAGACACCAGCCCCUGCAGUACUACGAGCCCCAGCUGUGCCUCUCCUGCCUCACAGGCAUCUACGGCUGUCGCUGGAAACGCUACCAGCGCUCCCAUGAUGACACCACACCGUGGGAACGCCUCUGGUUCCUGCUCCUCACCGUCACCUUUGGCCUCACACUCAGCUGGCUCUACUUCUGGUGGCAAGUCCGCAAUGACUACGACGAAUUCAACUGGUACCUCUAUAACCGCAUGGGUUACUGGAGUGACUGGUCGGUGCCCAUCCUCAUGACGACAGCCGCCGCCUUCACUUACAUCGCGGGCCUCCUGGUCCUGGCACUGUGUCACAUCGCUGUGGGGCAGCAGAUGAACCUGCACUGGCUGCACAAGAUAGGACUGGUGGUCACCCUGGUGUCUACAGUGGUAGCCAUGUCGGCCGUGACCCAGCUGUGGGAGGACGAGUGGGAGGUGCUGCUGAUCUCGCUGCAGGGCACAGCACCGUUCCUGCACGUAGGGGCCCUGGCUGCCAUCACUGCCCUCUCCUGGAUCGUGGCGGGACAGUUCGCUCGCGCAGAGCGGUCCUCCUCGCAGGUGGCCAUCCUCUGCGCCUUCUUUGCCGUGGUGUUUGCCCUCUACCUGGCCCCUCUCACCAUCUCCUCUCCCUGCAUCAUGGAGAAAAAGGACCUGGGCCCCAAGCCUGCCCUCAUUGGCCACCGCGGGGCCCCCAUGCUGGCCCCAGAGCACACACUGAUGUCCUUCCGAAAAGCCCUAGAGCAGAAGCUGUAUGGGUUACAAGCUGAUGUCACUAUCAGCCUGGACGGCGUGCCCUUCCUCAUGCAUGACGCCACUCUGCGGCGUACCACCAACGUGGAGGACGAGUUCCCCGAGCUCGCCCGCAGGCCCGCCUCCAUGCUCAACUGGACUGUCCUGCAGAGGCUCAAUGCUGGCCAGUGGUUCCUGAAGACGGACCCCUUCUGGACGGCCAGCUCCCUGUCACCCUCCGACCACAGGGAGGUCCAGAACCAGUCCAUCUGCAGCCUCGUGGAGCUCCUGGAGUUGGCCAAGGGCAAUGCCACGCUGCUGCUCAGCCUGCGUGACCCUCCGCGGGAGCACCCCUUCCAUGGCAGCUUCCUGAACGUCACCCUGGAGGCCUUGCUGCGCUCAGGCUUCCCCCAGCACCAGGUCAUGUGGCUCCCUAGCAGGCAGAGGCCCUUUGUGCGGAAGGUGGCUCCUGGCUUCCAGCAGACGUCAGGCUCCAAGGAGGCAGUGACCAGCCUGCAGAAAGGCCACAUCCAGUGGCUGAACCUGCGCUACACUCAGGUGUCCCGCCAGGAGCUCAGGGACUACGCAUCCUGGAACCUGAGUGUGAACCUCUACACGGUCAACGCACCGUGGCUCUUCUCCCUGAUGUGGUGCGCGGGCGUCCCAUCCGUCACCUCUGACAACUCCCACGCCCUGUCCCAGGUGCCUAACCCCCUCUGGAUCAUGCCCCCGGACGAGUACUGUCUCAUGUGGGUCACCGCCGACCUGAUCUCCUUCACGUUCAUCGUCGGUAUCUUCGUGCUCCAGAACUAUCACUUGAUCAGGUGGCGCCUGGGUGGCAUACGAAGCUACAACCCUGAGCAGAUCAUGCUGAGCGCAGCCGUGCGCCGAGCCAGCCGGGACGUCAGCAUCAUGAAGGAGAAGCUCAUCUUCUCAGAGAUCAGCGACGGCAUAGAGGUGUCCGAUGAGCUCUCUGUAUGUUCAGACAACAGUUACGACACGUAUGCCAACAGCGCCACCACCCCUGUGGGCCCCCGAGGGACUGGCAGCCGUGCCAAGACGCUCAUAGACCAGAGUGGCCAUUAGCUGAAGACCUAUCUUCCCAGGCUGUGCCUAAGACGGAGACCAAGGAACCCGGAGAGCUGGCAGAAGCGUCUGGACUCGGGGUGCUCUGGGAGCUGGCUCCACAGCCUCCUCGUGGGCUCCAGCCCUUGUCUACCAUGGACUCUCCUGGAGGGGGCGCUCCUCGUCCCUGAGCCCAGUCGGGCCAGGACUCCAGCCUCUCAGGUGCCCCUGCAGGCCUGGGGCUCCUUCUUCUGGAAAGUAGGGGGCCUGGUCCUCCUCUGAGACCCUUCCUCACACCCUGGUCUGCAAGCUUUGAUGGGUCGCUGGGCCAUGCCAUGCCCCCGUGGCAAUGAAGGAUGUGGAUGCCCACGCAUGACUGUCCUGUCUGUGCUGUGAGGAGGCAGCUGAUUUCUCCGAGUUUCUCCUGCCUCAAGGGCCUGGGCUAGGCCUCUGCCUCCAGCAGCUCUGCUCUUCUGUCAGUCUCAAAGCACAAGGAGAUUCAGCUCAGGAGGAAAGCCUGCUGAGACACUCCUCCCGACCAGCCCCCCACUGCUGCUGGCCCUGCCCCAGGAGAAGGCCUGAGCCAUGGCCCCCAGGAGCAGCUGGAGGCGGCCAGAAGAGCACGGCCAAGUGUCCAGCAGACCCCUGGGGCAGAGUGGCCCAGGAGAUGCAGACUGACAUAACCUCAGUUCUCACCUCAGUGGCCACCGGGGAAAAGUGUCCUAGGUAUGGUCAUGGGUGGGCGUGUGGCCAUGGAGGCCUGCAGUGGAGGGAGCGUGAGGGGCCUUGGCCACCGUGAUUAAAGCUGCCAUCUUGACACGUCAUCUCUGAAUUGCCAUUGGGAGGGUGGGAACAGAGCUUGCUAGGUUUAGGAUUCAGCCCCCAUGAUUUGAGGAGGAGCCAUUCUCAGAAAUGAGCAGGAGAGUGGCAGGAUGGGUGAGCCCCUCUCCCACCUCACCAGGGCUCCGGGGGUUCCUUAAUAGCCUGGUGUUGGGGACCAGUAUCCCCACAUUGUGCUGGGGAAGACGGUCUUGGAGGAGUAAAGUGACCAUCCAAGGCCACACAGCUGAGAAUAGGCAGAGCCAGCGUCCCACCCAGACUCGCCCUGAGUGUGUGCAUGCCGUCUGUAACCGGCGGCGAAUGGCAUGGCAGAUGGGGAGGGCUCCUGCGCCCGAUGCAGGUUGGGCAGUGGGACGAGGAGGUCCCCUCACAGCCACAUGGAGGCUUUCUGAGCUCCCUGGCCACAGACGGACGGACAGGCCUUCAGCUGGGAAAUGCCUUCCCCCCAUGGCAGAGGUGUGGCUUGGACAUCUCCAAGAUUUGGACCUGACUGAAGAGUGGCACAGUGGGGGACCUGGGCUGAAAACCCAAACACAGCCCCUGGAACCACAGAUGUCCCUUCCUGUCUUUCAGUCCUCGGCCUCUGCCCUCCAUGAAGGGGGCAGCCAUGGAGUCAGUGCAGGGCUAUAAUUCCCAUCUUUGGCCUAAGAGUCUGUGUGAUCUUGGGUGUGUCCUAAGAGGGGAGGCAGGGGUGGGGAACUCAACCCUAGCACCAGCCUGCAUUAAAUAAAUGCAGUGCUUUCUGGGAGCCAAGGGAUGUGUCUCUUUGCCAAGCAGGGAUUUGGCUUCUGGAUAGAAUUCUUGAGAUCUGAGUGAUUAUGGCCCCUUCUUGAAGGAAAGGAAGAGAAAGCCCUCCCAAAUGUCAGAACCCAGACUGGGCCCCCCAUAGUAACCUCUAGUGCUGUGACAGAUUCAUCCCUCCUUUCCCCCGACUGAGCAGCUGCCAAGUGCUUCCCCUCCUGGCGCAGCGGUCAACUCCCGCCUCUCCCUGGGCACAAGGGAGUAUGAGUGAAACCUGGAACAGCUGAGUCAGGGGUGGGGUACACUGCCCUACCCAAAAUGCCCCACAACCUCCUCUCCAGCCUUGGCAGGCACAUUAGGAGAAUGGGUUUGACCUUUCAUGCCAGACUCUUCCUGUGCAGUCAUCACCCCUGGCCAACAUGGCCCCAGCUCCUGGUCAGACCUGGGCAAGUUGAGUUGAGUCUUCAGGAGGGGAUAGAGGGUGUUGGGAGCUCUGAGUGGAAAGGCCCUGCCCCUUGACCUGCAGGGUUACUGAGAACCCCACAUUACUGCCGUCCUCCCCUUGUCUACAAAGGACAGCCUGACUGCCCACUCACAGGGAAACCGGAGACAGGUCUCCUCCCCUGCCACCAUACCCUGUAGACUCCUUCCUUCCUUCCUUCCUCCCUGGGACCUCAGCAGGUGAGCCCUCCUCCAGGCUGAGCCCACCCUCCACUGCCUCCAGGGCCCUGUGUGAACUUUCAGCCCCUCCUUCCCAAUUACAGAGACAAAGGUGCCCGAAUCUAGAGAUCCAAAAUGGUGGCAGCACAGGACGAUGCUGAACUCACCCCUUCCCAUGGGCAAAGUCAAACAUACAUGUAUACAUAGAAAGCAAUUACUCCUACAAGACAACUGAGGACUUCACAAACAGCAUCUGAACCACCAACAGGAGAAAGAUGGAAUACAGAAGGCUAGGAAGCUGCAGGACCCUGCAGGAGCUGCGGGAACUCUCCCGGCCGGAGGAACCUAUGAGCACCAUUGUUUGUGUCCCUGUCCGCGUGGAUAGGGUGGCGGCUGUACUCAGGUGCUCUGGCCUCCUGCCAGGUCACUUCAGUGUGUUCCCAGACGCAUCACCCAAACGCAUUUCGGCCCUGAACAAAGGAGCAAGCACAACCAACAGGAUAUUACUACACACACCUGGCCUCCCCACCUGGAACCACUCCUCUCAGUAGGCCAGUGUCUCCAUGCCAUAGACUCCCACUCGGCUCCUACCAGCCUGCCAAACCCACCGGCACAUACAGCCUGCACAGAGGUCUCCGCUACGUAAGGCCACUUUUUCAAGAGUAGGAGAGUUAUUUUGUUUAAUUCAUAUAAACAAACAGAAGUCAAACACAAUGAAAAGAAAGAAUAUCAAUGAAGGAACAAGAAAAAUCCCCGGGGUGGGGGGUGGGGGGGACU